CGCUCCUCAUUCCUUCCGUCCCCAAUUAUAACCCACCCAACCCUGACCUUUCCUCUCCUCUCUUCUUCCACUCCCGUCUCCGCCACCUUCUGCUCCUCUCACAUUCCCACACACGCCACCGCACUAGCUCAGCUACACUCACUCCCUCUCGCUCCCAAGCACGCUUGCGGGCGCGCCAUGGCCUCCUACAGGCUCCUGGUCAUCCUGGUCUUCUCAGCCGUCCUCAUCGCCUUCGCCGCCGGCGACAACUACCAGGCCGACUGCCCCUACCCGUGCCUGCUCCCGCCGCCCACGCCACCCGCGGCGGCCGACUGCCCCCCACCGCCCUCCACGCCGUCCGUCUACGGGUACCCUCCCCCGCCGUCGUCCACCGGGUACUCCCCGCCGUCGCCGUCCUGGAGCUACCCGCCGCCCGCUGGGGGCUACAUUCCCUUCUACCAGCCUCCCUCCGGCGGUGGCGGAGGCGGAAGCUACGGGCCGGUGCCGCCGCCGCCCAACCCCAUCCUGCCGUGGUACCCCUGGUACUACAGGUCCCCGCCCUCCUCGUCGGCGAUCACACUGCGCGCCUCGUCGUCGACAGUCCUCCUGCUGGCCGCCGCUGCUGGUUUGGCUCUACUGAUGUGAUUCACUAGCUAGCUAGCAGUCUGGCACUCCCGUCUCUUUCUUCAUUGUUAGUUGAUUUUUCCGAUAUAUGAUUAAAUAUAUAAUGUGGCAAGACCAUUAGUAGUAUUUAUUGAUUAUCAUUGUACUACUAUGAUUCAUUGCUCGAUUUGCUUUCACCUAGUGGAGAAGCUAUAUAUUGCUAGUUCUUCAGACAGCAUAAUAUAUAUGGUUAGUGAUCGCAAGAAUCUUGUGCUUUUUCUUGGUGCCUCUUCUUUUAAGUGUGGUUGUAUAUUAAUAUACAACUAUACUGCUUAUUAGUUUCUUAAUUUUAA